CGUGGAUAACGGAACAGUUCGUGGCGGAGUUGCGAAAGCGUCGGUUGUGCGAUACCAAAACAUAACGGUACUUAUCGGUGGAACAACGGCGGAUGGAUCCUAAGUAAAUGAAAUAACGAGAGACAAUAAAAAGAAAAGUUCAAUAAAAAGUGAGUGCGGCAGGAGAUGAUGAAGUGAAAAGAAGGAAAUCGCUGAUAACUGAAACAGACAAAAAAAAAAGGAAAAAGGAAAAAGAAGCUGUGGGAAAAGGCCACACUUUGAGGAAAACACUAAGAAAAUUCCGAGUCAUGAUUUGAGUUUCGGUUAAAGGAGUUGCAAAUGCAAAAACAACAAUGAAAUGCUGGCUCAAUGCAGGGAGGCGCAAGAAGAGGCAGCAGCAGCAAGAGGGGGCACUGGAUGGUGCCGACAGUCGAUGGCGAAGAGGAGGAGCACGACGAGGACGACGAGGACGACGAGGAGUGGCACAGGAGCUAGAUGGAAUCUGUCAGAGACAGCAACAAGUGGCCAGCGACACUUUGGUGGCAACAACAAGAGCCGGUCCGGCUCUGGUGAUGCUGUGGCUUUUGCUUGCGGCCUCUGCACAACACGGAGAGGCAGCGGCAGCGGCAGCGGCAGCGGCAGCCACACCAACAACAGCCAACGGGCCCGAGGCCACGGCAACAACACUAAACAGCAACACGACGACGACGACGACAGCCACAGCAACAGCCACAGCCACAGCAUCAUCAUCAUCGUCAGCAGCAUCCUUCGGCACAGGAGGAGCAGGAGGAACAGCAGCCUCUGCCUCUGCCUCGGCAUCAUCCGCAGUUGGCAAAUCGACAACCAGCUGGGGAAUAGCCGGCAUCCAUGAGGAUCCAUUCAAAGACAUUGUCAGGAUUGGCGAUGGCAACACAGUCACUCGGGAGGCCAUCGAACAAUCGCUGGUGACGAUACACGACAUUGCCACCGAAAAUCUGGGCACGUUAUGCAUCUCGACGCUCUACCGACCCCUACAAGUGCCCAUCAAUUCGGAGCGAUACGAGAGCUCCAGACAAAAGGCCGAUUUGGCCGCCUCGAUACUCCAGGAAGUUGGCAUCAUUCGACACGGCGGACUCUCGGAUGCCUUAGCCAAGGGCCUGCUCACUGAUGACUUUAUAACCGGAGCACGCAUCUUGGCUUUGAACCUGACAAACGGCGCCGUGCAGUCGUAUGUGUGGUGGGUGAAGAGCAACCAGGACAAAGUCCUGGGCGAGACACAGCGCUACGACGAGGAGGGACUGCAAAUUGGCAAAAAGCCGGCCAACAAUUAUCCCUGGUUCGACGAUGAGACCAGCACGCCCACUCUCCGCUCACCGAAAUUCGCACCUAGCCCACCGAGCAACUACUACAAAGGCUGGUGGACAUACCCGUACUUCUCGUGCGCCCCCAGCAAGUGGCUGGUGUCGUAUAGCAUUGCGAUUCCGCCCAGCGGCCGGCAUGGACUGCGCGGCUUCAUCAGCAUCGACAUCGAUGUAACGUCGCUGCGCGUCAAUCAGUGCGAGGCGGAGCCCUAUCACUUUGGCAGCCGCAAACAGCAGCAGCUGCAGCAGUACCAGACCAUGCGACGUUACCCACGGCUGGCCAGCAAGGCGGCCGCGGCGGCAUCGUCAUCGGCAUCGGCACUGAACGAUGUGGGGAGGAUCAACGAUUUGCAAGCCUUUCACAGCUCACACAAGUGUCAUCGCACCUCCAUGGUGUGCGACUAUCGGCAGCCGAGCGCUGAGGCAUCGACAAUAAGCAGCGGCAAGAUAUUGAGCGCUCUCACCAGCAGCAGCUGGUCCCGGGGCUCGUACCAGUGCCUGUGCAAGCGCGGCUAUUAUUCAUUGCGCCAUCCGGAUGGCUUCAAUGGCACCAUCAUGGAGAUUGCCUGGCAGGAGCAUCAGGACAAUAUAAGCAAUUACUAUACGGAUGUCUUCAAGUGUUUGCCUUGCGCCCCCGGCUGUGACAUGUGCACCGGUCCGGAGCCGUGUCUGGCCAACUAUCAUUGGCCUUUCAGAAUAUCAUUGUUGACCAUAUCCAUUGGCUGUGCUUGCGGCACCUUCGUCCUGGCCGGCUACCUCUUCCGGCAUCGUCGCGUCAAAGUCUUUAAGGUGGCCAGUCCCAUCUUCCUGAUGAUCACACUCAUUGGCUGCGCCAUCAUGUAUCUGGAGAUGGUGGCCAUAUUCCCCUAUCUGGACACCAGCUGGUGCAUUGUGACCAAAUGGUCGCGCCACAUGGGCUUUUGCAUCACCUACACUUCGCUGUUGAUGAAAACCUGGCGAGUCUCUUUGACGUAUCGCGUGAAGUCGGCGCACAAAAUCAAAUUGAACGAUCAGCAACUGUUGCAGUGGAUGGUGCCCAUUCUGUUGGUAAUGCUGAUCUAUUUGGGUACCUGGACCAUCUCGGCCACGCCCUAUGCGGAGGUGAUCUACGACAAGCAUCACCUGAAAUUCAAACAGUGCUCGUACAACUGGUGGGAUCACAGCCUGGCCAUUGGCGAGGUCUUCUUCCUCGCCUGGGGCAUACGCGUCUGCUACAAUGUGCGGAAUGCGGAGAGUCUGUACAACGAGGCGCGGCUCAUCUCGUAUGCCAUCUACAACAUAGCCCUUGUCAACAUAGCCAUGGUGGUCUUCCAUGUAAUGCUGUUCCCCCAAGCUGGACCGGACUACAAGUACAUGCUGGGCUUUGUGCGCACCCAACUAUCGACCACCACCACCAUUGCUUUGGUCUUUGGGCCGAAGAUCUUGCGGGUGUUCAAGGGCCAGGGCGACAAGUGGGAUCAGAAGGCCAAGGUGAGGAGCAUAACAGCUUCGUUCUCGCUGAAUGGAGUGGGCCUAGUGGCCGAAGAGUCGCCGGAUUUGUACCAGGAGAAUGAAGAGCUAAAGGAACAAAUCCAAAAGUUGGCCCAUCAAAUCGAGUUCAUGAAGACUGUGCACAUGCAGAUGAACAACAGGCAUCUGAAGCCGAAACCGGGCGGAUACUUCACCAUCACAUCGACCUCGUUCCAGGCUCCCUACAGCAAGAACACGGUUUCCACAGCACAGACCCAAACGGGCAAAGAGGAAGCCAGCGGGGCCACGCCAACGAAAUCCAAAUCGCCCAAGGGCAAAGUCUGACGAGGUCAACGAAGUGUUAAAGAUUGCUCAAUAGAAGUUGUUGACCAGCAUGGAACAGCAACGGUCGUAGAGGAUGCAAUUGCUUUUAGUUUCUAC